GUAAAGGUUGCUGACCCCUGCCCUAGGAAUAACAUGCACGAGUUUUGGAAAUGGGCAUAGUUCCCCUUUAACUUGUCUGUUAGCAGAGGAGAGGAGAGAGGAAGACCAAAACUGGGAGAGGAACACAUGCAAAAGGAAGCAUUGAUACAACAGGAAAAAAAAACUGCUCCAUUGUGGCCUUUAAGUCAAAUAAACAAACAUUGACAAAAAAAUGUCCGUUUCUAUCAAUGCACGCACGCAAAGGCAUCCCCGGAGCAGGGAUUGGACGAGAGACACAGAGAGCACUUCUUUCAUUCCCACCCCUCCACACAGCAGCUCUACUACCAGCAGCCCUGUCAGAGCAGAGCAGAGCAGGGCGGAGAUGAUGACUGGCCACUCGGACUCAUAGACAACCUCAUAUAGACUCUCUCCGGUUCCACUUCUAUCACAACAAUAUCAUUAACCACCGCGGACUGUGGAUGGAUUCUAGGCUCCUGAUUGGACCAGAUGUCCCCACACCGGACCCGACCGCCCGGACUCCCUGGAACAUCUGGAACAUCAGCUCCAUCGGUCCGCACCGGCUCAUGGAGCUGUCUCCUGUUGUUGCUACAGUUGGCUCCGUGGUUCCAAACCACCCAUUUCCAACGGUAGACGUCCCAGACCACGCUCACUACACCAUCGGUGUCGUCAUCCUGAUCGUGGGCAUCACAGGCAUGCUGGGAAACUUCCUGGUCAUGUAUGCUUUCUGCAGGAGCCGGAGCUUGCGGACACCAUCCAACAUUUUCAUCAUUAACCUGGCAGUCACAGACUUCCUCAUGUGUCUUACCCAGACACCCAUCUUCUUCAUCACCAGCAUGCACAAGCGAUGGAUCUUUGGAAAGAAAGGUUGUGAGCUGUAUGCCUUCUGCGGAGCGCUGUUUGGUAUCUGCAGUAUGAUGACACUGAUGGUGAUUGCAGUGGACCGGUACGUGGUAAUCACCAGGCCUUUGGCCUCCCUGGGCGCGAUGUCUCGCAGGAAAGCCCUGAGCAUCCUGGCUGCUGCCUGGCUCUACUCCGCAGGAUGGAGCCUGCCCCCCUUCUUUGGCUGGAGUGCUUAUGUCCCAGAGGGUAUGAUGACAUCUUGUUCCUGGGACUACAUGACGUUUACCCCGUCUGUCCGCUCUUACACCAUGCUGCUCUUUACCUUCGUCUUCUUCAUCCCUCUCUUCAUCAUCAUCUUCAGCUACUGCUGCAUCUUCAGAGCCAUCCGACAGACAACGCGAGCGAUCUCAAAGAUCAGCUGUGAGGGAACCAGAGACUCUGCUAGGAGGUUCAAUAAGAUGAAGACUGAGUGGAAGAUGGCCAAGAUUGCACUCAUCGUCAUCCUGCUAUUUGUCAUCUCCUGGGCUCCUUACUCCUGUGCAGCCCUCACUGCAUUCGCUGGGUACGCUGACAUGUUGACUCCGUAUAUGAACUCCGUUCCUGCUGUGAUCGCCAAAGCAUCUGCGAUCCACAACCCCAUCAUAUACGCCAUAACACAUCCCAAAUACAGGUCGGCGCUCAGCAGGUAUAUUCCCUACCUCGGGGCCUUGCUGUGCAUUACCGGCAGAGGCCGUUACAGCAGCAGCAGUUUCCGGUCCACGCGCCGAUCAACCCUCACCAGCCAAUCGGAGAGCAAAGGCCCUAGCAAGCCCCGCAACUCCUCCCUGUCUGAGAGCGAAUCAGCCCACUUCUCAGACACGGAGGAGGACUGCUCAUCUCGGACGCCUGCCAUUCGUCAGUUGUCCGGUGAUGUCAAACAGGUGCGCCAUGCCAGCCAGAGGACAAAGGUGAGAGGUCACCACACAGGAGAGUUUGAGAGAACUGCCGCCCACAACCCAACUGACCCGGCCAUAUGUCACCUCUCACAGAUCACAACUCUGACAGAGCCUGAAGACAUCUCCAUGUCGGACAUCAGCCUGAAGCCAACCAGUCAUCUGCCUGCUACUCUGGACAACGUGAUGGAGGAGUCUAAGCCAAGGACUGCGUGUAAGACAACCGCAUCCGUCAUUGUAACCUCCAUAUCCAGCCCGUCUAUACUGCACAGUCCCCCGGGUUUCCAUGGCAACCUCAAAUUGACCAAAACGCACAGCCCGGUUGCCAAGGAGCCCCUUGACAUAGCCAGGCUGGAGACAAUAGCAUUACCAUAAACAGAUGAACAACAGUGUGUUUGUGUGUGUGUGUGUUUCAAUAUUUCCCUCCGUGGGACUAUUCUGUUCCAGCAUGCUGUUUGCUAGUUAUGGUAACUCAAAACCCAGAGCAUGCGCUUUGUUUUUGUUUUGGUUUAUUUUGUGAGUAUGUGAGUGUGAAUGCCCAGUUAAUUUAAAUACAUGUGUAGGUAUUUGCACAUAUAGAUGUGGGUUUAACUUCUUCUGACAUAUCACGGUGGUUGGGAGACGGUUUACCUCGGAGCCGGAGGCAACAAAUUAGCCUUAAAAACACAAUGUGAAAAGUUAAAUCUCUUGAGUUGGGUAUCGAUUAGAUUAGAUUCAUAAUAUUUGAGUAGAAGAAACCAAAAUAUGUUUUUGUUUUUUUUAUUCUUUUUGGUUUCAAGGUCAAAUUUAAUUAUUUUUUAUCUUGCCAUACAUAAAUUGAAUGUGUUAAAACAUUACCAGUGACAAACCAUUAGCUGAUUCUGAAUAUUCCUACUGGGGUCGUCAAAAAUGACAAAUGAGUAAAUGAGCCAUGAAGCGCAGUAGGUCCAUACUUGCAUAAUGCUUUUUUAACUAAUCUCUUUCUCUUAAUAUGAAAUUAUUUCCAACUCGGAACCAAUUCUCAAUACCCAACCCUCAGGUGUUUUGUUUUUUUGUCAUAUAAAUACUGAUAUUAAAAAUGCAUUAAGCAGUAUUUUCUAUAUUAAUAUUGAAUCAAAUGACUCCUGGAACUGGUGGCACUACUGAUCCCACUGAGAAUCAACACCCUACUUUCCAACUAUAUACAAAUUUAAGUCACUUUAAAGCUAUUUUACACCAAGCAUGGAUAUUUUGUCUGAAAAAUUCGCACAGAAAUUUAUAAAAACUGAUUUCGUGGGUUCUUAUGAAUGCUUGCUCACCCCUGCGGAACAUUCGUGUGGGGUGGGUAAUAUUCGGACGGACCUCAGCAGAUUUCCGCCUGCGGAAAUAUAUGUUUCCGUUUGUUUAUACGUUUCACAUGAACUGUGUUGCUUCACGUCAUAUUCUCCCUGAGUGAAAUUGACAAAUAACUGGCAAACUUCACAAAAAAACUCUGAGUAUCUACUUAUAAGUAGUUUCACAGUCUUUGUUGUAGCUGCUCUUCCUUUUUCUUUGUGGUAGUUUCCCUCAUAUUCCGCCUAAGGCUAUAUAGCUUGUGACUUUGCGGUGACUCUCAUUUUUUCCCCCGUUGGGCGUAGCGUAGCAAAGACGGUGAAAGGUUAACCUGCACUUGACCCACGUGUGUGCAGUUUGACAGCAAACGCAGCCCCGUGAUAACAGCAUUCCUUGCUUUCUUCACAGCCAUUGGAUAAAAGCCAGAUUUUAAAAAAGCGUCUGUCCUGCAGUGGUUUGACUUGUGAAAACUAGAGCCGAUGAAAAUGUGGGACAUAUGUGGGAUAAAAAUGCUUUGCAGUCCCUUGUAAGGUGGGACACCUGGUCACCCUAGUUGGUGAACGAAGCCAGAGCAAAAAUGACAGUGUAGACUAAAAUAUAUUUUUUUCUUUUGUGUAUUUUUGUAUUUAGUAUUUGAAAAAUAGUCCUCGUGGAAAUCUGCUGAAAGUUCAGAUUGACUGAAAUGUCUUCUGGGGCGGUGCGUUUAUUUAAAAAUGCAAAAACUUUAAAAAUGACCUCACUAAUGCAAUGCUGCAGAAAAUGAUAGAGCUUCACACCAGCACACGAAACCAUCGCAAAUUUCAUUUAAAUUCAGCCUGUCGGAAACACUGCUAAUAUGUACUGAUAUGUUAGCCAGGAGAAAUCGACUGCCCAUUCCAGUCUUUCUUCCCUCUAGUUGUCAAAAUAACACUUAAUGCAGUUUUAAUAUGAGGUGUUUUACUUAUAAACUGGGUAAUCAGACACACAUACGCACACACACCAACAGGAUACCGUCAGAUUGUUUCCCCUCUGGCUCUUUGUCAUUGAGUUUUCCAUCCCUGGUGGCAUGCAGCACCACAGAUUAUGUGUCCCAACACCACAGUACAUCACCCAGUAUGUGAGUGUGAGUGUGAGUGUGAGUGUGAGUGUGAGUGUGUCCGCACUGAAGAACUGGACUCAGUACUGUACUUUACAUUCCUCUUGAUGCCAUACCUUGCUGUAAAAUCUACUUUUAGAGAUACAGAUGACAGUUUACUAAACGACUUUACUGUGACUGAGUGUGUUUCAGGAUUGUUAUUAUUAUAGAUCUCAUCACUGACAGAUGUACAGAACAGCAACUUAGCUUUGUGUAACGUUCUUUUCAUUUCCGAAGCUCUUUUUGCUCCACUUCUGUACAUUGCAGUUCCCCUUUGACAUUCCUCAGACUUCUGCAUCAUUGACUAUGAUUGUAAUAACUCUUCUUUUAAAUGAUAGAACAGUCAAAUUAAAGAUUGAAAUCUUAGUUAACGAGGCAACAAAGGUUGAUGUAUUCCCACCGUUGCUCAUUUGUCCCAUCAAUGAAUGUACAAAAUGUUUUAUGACCAAACAAAUAUAGAAUAUUAUAUAUAUAUAUACAGUAUAUAUAUGAAAUUUAAAUUCUGCUUUAAUGAAGUGAUGGUUUUAUGUUGAUUUUGUUUCCUUUGUACAAAAUGUUUUGUGUUGUUAUUAUUUAUUUUUCUAAAUAAAAAUGUUGCUAA